GACUGUCAACAACGAAGAAGAUAUGGCAGAAGUCAGUUUCAAAGAUUUGAAUUUAAUCGACGAUUUAGUAAAAAAUUGUGAACGCCUGGGAUACAAACAACCGACAGAAAUCCAGCAGCAAUCUAUCCCAUACUCACUCCAAUCGCGGGAUAUUAUAGGAUUGGCCCAGACUGGUAGUGGAAAAACUGCUGCUUUUGCACUCCCAGUUAUACAAUUAUUGUAUGACAAUCCUGCUCCAUACUUCUGUUGUGUUCUUGCACCAACGAGAGAAUUGGCUUAUCAGAUCUCUGAACAAUUCGAAGCUCUUGGUUCUAACAUCGGUUUACGUACUGCUACUAUCGUCGGUGGUAUGGAUAUGAUGACCCAGUCCAUAGCUCUCUCAAAAAAACCUCACAUUAUUGUCGCAACACCUGGUAGAUUACAUGAUCAUUUGGAGAACACAAAGGGUUUCUCCCUUCGUAAUAUAAAGUUCCUCGUUAUGGAUGAAGCUGAUAGAUUGUUGGAUAUGGAUUUCGGUCCAAUUAUAGACAAAUUGUUGAAAAUACUACCAAAAGAGAGAACUACAAUGUUGUUUUCGGCUACUAUGACAACUAAAGUUGCGAAAUUACAAAGAGCAUCACUCUCAAAUCCAGUUAAAGUUGAAGUGAGUGACAAAUAUCAAACAGUCUCUACUUUGUUGCAGCAUUACCUUUUCUUCCCAUUCAAGAUGAAAGAUAGUUACUUAGUUUACCUCGCUAACGAAGUUGCUGGUCAUUCAAUGAUCAUCUUCACCAGAACUGUUGUUGAUGCUCAGCGCAUAUCGAUCAUUCUUCGUAACUUAGGUUUCCCAGCUAUCCCAUUACAUGGACAACUCAGUCAAUCAUCACGUCUCGGUGCUCUCAACAAGUUCAAAGCUGGUGGUAGAAACAUUCUCGUCGCCACUGAUGUAGCUAGCCGUGGAUUGGAUAUUCCAAGUGUAGACUACGUCGUUAACUACGAUACGCCAUCCAACUCCAAAGAUUACAUCCAUAGAGUAGGUAGAACAGCUAGAGCUGGUAGAAGUGGUAAGGCAAUCACAUUAGUAACACAAUACGAUGUGGAAUUACUCCAACGUAUUGAAAAAGCAAUCAACGUUAAAAUGGAGGAGUUCCCUCAUGACAAACAAGCCGUACCUCUCUUAGUAGAACGCGUAAAUGAAGCAUCACGUAUUGCAGCUGUAGAACUUCGCGAAUCCCAACAAAAGAAACGCAAAGGCAAACACUCAUCAAGAGACGAUAUGGAUAUGGACGAAGAUGUUGCCAACCUUCCAAAGACUGUUAGUGGAAACAAGAACAGGAGCAAAAAGCAAAAAAGAUUUUAAACGUUUAGAUUAAUAUGCAGAUAUUAUUGUAUUUUACUUAUUUAUAUUAUAAUACAUAGACUGGGCUAUUUAAAUUCACUCGACUUGUUCAAUUGGUUCAACUUGUUCUGAUUCUUGAUCCUGGGAUGCGGUAUGGUUUUUGGCCCGGAAUUUCUCCAGUUUUUCUCUAGUCGACGUUUUCUCCCUUGGUUCUUCACUAUCAAUUGCACUAUUCUCAUCUCGUUCGUGAAGACCACCCUCUUCAGGCUUCUUGAAGUGGCCUAAAAGGGAUGAUUGCUUCUUGCUUGCUGCUUUCUUCUUGUUCAUAGGUUUAUCGGCUCUCUCGAAGAAGGAAUCAGAUUGGUGUAUACUGCCCUUUUUCAAUGUUGUGCUAUUAUCUGUCGGAGCUUUAGCAAAUGGAUUGGCGGAUUUAGCGAAUGGAUUAGCUUGCAUUGAUGGCUGCUGUGAUGCCAUACCAGGAAUAGGAGGUGGAGGGAGGGCUUCAUUAGACAGUCUAAUUUUGCUGCUUUCGGGAGGAGAGAAAGUCAUCUGUGAAUCGUCAAUAGCGUCAACUUUACGUUUAUUUGAUGAGGACGAUUCUGCAUUAGCUUCAACGUCGACAUCAUCGUCAUCACUGAAUGCAAUAGGUUCAUCAUCAUCAACAACGCUAUUUCCCACAUCGACUACUUCCUGAGUUUCGUUGGCAAUACUAUCCAUAUCUACAUCUUCAACUGGCGCAUCAAACCUUCUCCUCAUGUGUGGUUUCCUUGCUGGAAAUGCAGGUGCUGUAUUGCUAUUUUGGUUGGUUUGUGAUAUUGGCAUAGUAGACAAUGGUCUGCUCAUAACUCUGUCUUUAUAACUAAUUUUCUUAGUGUUCUGCUUUCUCUCCCGCUGGCUAAUUUUGUCCUCUUUGAGGAGGUAUAUUCUAUCUUGUAAACUAGGUAAAUGGAAGAAAGCGGCAAUUUUCAUAGCAGCGUCUAUCGAAGUGAAUUGAUUUAACAUUGCUGCUGCAUCUAAUGCACGCUGCAGUUUAUCUGCUUUGCAGGCAGUGUUAAUGAGUUGAAGUAUACCCUUGUCUAUCUGUAUUUCAUGCUGCUUGAUUUCUUCCUCGAACUCAUCCUCUUCAUUACUGUCUCUAGCGUGAUUCAACAAUAAGCUGUCUCUCAUUACGCUCUCUUCUAAUUGUCCUUGUUGGCUAUCCAUUCCCAACAGUGGUAUCUUUAUAUCCAAUUCAGAAAUAAGUGGUCUAGGGAAGUAUGGAUAUU